CGAGAGCACAAGCAAAAACCACACACUGUGCACUUUACGAGAGAGAGAGAGAGAGAGAGAGAGGGAGAGAGGGGGGAAGGGGAAAGGUUCGCGUCUUGUAGCCUCGUUUGCUUUGGCUGCCAUGGCCGAUCCAGCUGAGGAGACCGUCGCCGCGCCGCCGCCGACCCCGGCGGCCCCUGCCGAGAGCGCCUCAGACCCGCCGUCUGCGGACGCUGCCUCGCCGGAGAAGGUGUCUCCCCCAGCCCCGGCGCCGGCGCCGGAGACAAGGUCCCGGGGGUUUAGGCUACUUGGAGAGGACACCUCCGUGCACAAGGCUCUUGGGGGCGGUAAAACUGCUGAUGUACUUUUAUGGAAAGACAAGAAGACCUCCGCCGUAGUGAUAGGCGGUGCCACUGUCAUCUGGGUUCUAUUCGAAGUGCUUGGUUACCAUCUCCUGACUCUGAUAUCCCAUGUGCUGAUUGGUGUCCUGGCCAUCCUGUUCCUAUUGUCCAAAGCCACGACCUUCAUCAAGAAGAGCCCGCCGAAUAUUCCUCUGGUGGAGAUACCUGAAGAUCUUGUUGUGAAUGUUUCACAGGCGCUACGUAACGACAUCAACAGAGCGCUUCACUUGUUUCGGGAGAUCGCAAUGGGGCAUGAUCUGAAGAAGUUUCUGGGUGUGAUUGUGGGGCUUUGGAUUCUCUCUUCAGUUGGCAGCUGCUGUGACUUCCUCACCUUGAUAUACAUUGCUGUCUUGAUGCUCCACACGGUGCCGAUCCUGUACGACAAGUACCAAGACAAGGUGGACCACUUCGCUGGUAGGGCUCACACGGAGGCCCGCAAGCAGUACGAGGUGCUGGACGCCAAGGUCCUCAGCAAGAUCCCCAGGGGCCCGGCGAAACCGAAGAAGCAGAACUAGGCGCUGCGUAGAAGAGGCGGUCCCAUUCUGGAUGCUGGCAUCGUUUGCGUGAAUGUUAGUACGAUCUUUUGUCUGAUGGCUCAAUGCCUGCUUUGCUGCUAGCUGUGCUGAUUGCAGGGGUGGAUGCUGCUGUGUGUUUGUGAUGCCAGUUGAUGUUACCCAGUAAUGUGUCUUAUCUGUCUAAACGUGACUGAAAGAUGUUGGGAUGCUAAGUUUCUGCUAUUGCGGUUGCUCCUUGUAAAUAACUGUGAUGGUAAAUAAACCCAUGUUGCUAGCCGGUCUCAA